AUGAAAUGGGUCGUCAAAUUGUCUCCAGCAGCUGUCACCCAGCGGAGCGGAAAAACAGCGACUUUGCAACUCUCCGACGGCUGUCACCCGACAGAGAGGAGCUGGAUGGAAGUGGGGCACGUGUCGGGAGCUUCAUUCUCAAGUCCGCGUAGCAAGAAGAGGCUCUUCAUCGCAUCCAGUACUCUCUCAAGAGGUGGUGACUCGUCUCCCGACAGAUCGUCCUCUUCUUGACGACGGCUUGUUCGUCGAUCAAUCGGAGAUACUUUACUCAAUGGAUUUGCGAUCUUUUUAUCAUGAAUCGUUCAGUAAUUUUAGUCAUAAUGCUCCGUGAAUCACGUUGACGAGAUUUUUGCCGAUGAUCCAACGAUUCUGGUGGCUUAAUCCUUCAUCGGCGAUCUGCAAGAAAGUUGCAAUAAUCAGAUAAAAAAUAUGAGUUUUGGCUCUAGGAGGAUUCGAACCCGCGCCGGUUGCCCACCCUUUGGGAAAGGUGUGAUGCGAGUUUAGUCGCACAUCGCUUGUGCGCCGAAGUUUCUGGCGAAUAUAUAGUAAUAUUAUAUUUGCAAUCAAGUCUCUUUCUCGUGCAUGUACGACCACUCCUUGCCCCACAACCAACUGGCCACCGGUGACGUGGAAGGGGAGUGGCACACACGUGCCCCUAUCGGUCCUAGCCGCUCAAGCCCCUACUCACAGCUCCUCCCUGACUAUGCUUCUGACCCGCUUGCAGGCCUUGCUGGCCGGCGAGUCCCCCUCAUUUUGUUAUAUUUUUAUUUUUAUUUCUUUUUCUUCAUUUAUCUCAAACAUAAGAUUGUAAAAAUCAUAUAAAUUCGUAUAAAAUCACAUAAUUACCUAAAAAUUCACAUUAAUCAACUGAAAAGCAUUUUUCAUACUUUAACAUAAAUAUAAGUCUAUUUAUCAUGAGUUAAGGCUAAAACUAUAUUAUUUACUAAUUAUUAACUCAUGAUAAUAAAUACUUAUUAUUAGGUUAAAGGAGAAAACUUUUGAGUUGUUAGAGAGGUGUCCAAAGCUUCUUUAAAUCGAUGUAUCACAUCCUUGAACUUUGGAGAGCUGAAGGUAGGUGAAUAAGAAGAAGGGUUGUAUUUAGAACAACAUACAUCACCUAAAAUCUUGUAUUUUCUCUUACCCUAUAAUAUGGACAAAGUAUUUUAUUUAUAGGUAGGGUGGGUCACCCCUUCUUUCCCCUCAUUAGGUCAGACGGUCGAGCUAAAACAGGCCUUAACAAGCCACAUGCGGAUCUUGAAAAGUAUAGAAAACAAUAACCAUAAAUAAUGAAAAAUUCAUAACUCUCUUAAUACUUCGAAUACUUAGGAAUAGUUUCAGCCUUGAAUUUCUCUUUAAAUCAGCUUUCCAUUGAAUAGUUGUAUGUUUAUAUAUGUCGUAUUUUAUGAGAUAAAAAUUAAUUUAGUAUAA